AUCACAUUUUCUACUUUCCUACCUGAAGUAAAGGUAAAGCCUGCAGGUUGAUCGGUAACAUGGCAGCAAUGAAGUGCAUCCUGGGUCUCCUGGCCCUGCUUGCAGUCUCAGCCUGGGCCGAGGCGGGGGUUGUGAAGAUGGCGAGUGGUGACAAUAACAAUAAAGAUGGGAAAGACUUGACCGUCACAGAGCAGCUGGAGAAAGCCAACAACAACCUCAACCGUAACCGAGACGGUAUCGAGAUAAAAGGUGACAUUGCCGUGCCUGGUCUGUCCAGCCUGAGGAACGCCGACCCCUGCGUCCAGCGUGGUUGUAUGUGGCCUAAAGCCACUGAUGGCAAGGUUUACGUUCCCUAUGUCAUCUCUGACCAGUACUCUUCUCAGGCGGUGGAUGUCAUCAAAGGAGCCAUGAACUCCUUCUCCGUCUCCACCUGCAUUAGCUUCAUCCCCCGCACCGACCAGAAAGACUACCUCAACAUCCAGUCUCUGAAUGGAUGCUACUCCUUCGUGGGUCGCCGGGGCAAUGGCCAGACUGUGUCUCUGAGCCGCAAUGGCUGUAUUUGGCACGGAACGGUCCAGCAUGAGCUGCUCCACGCCCUGGGCUUCAACCACGAGCAGUGUCGCUCCGACAGGGACGAGCACAUCCAGGUCCUGCUGGACAACGUCAUAACAGGUCAGGCUCACAACUUUAACAAGAUCAACACUCUGAACCAGGGGACUCCAUACGACUACAACUCAGUCAUGCACUACGGCAGGAUGGCUUUCUCCAAGGACAAAAAAAACCCCACCAUGGUGGCUAUUCCAAACCCCAACGCCGUGUUUGGCACGGCCAAGCAGAUGAGCCAGAACGACAUCAACCGCAUCAACCUGCUGUACUGCAGAAACUAGUCCUCCAGUCCACAAGAUGUUAUACUGAAGUUUCUUUGACCAAUAGCAGAAUGCAGAUAAUUAUUCUUUCAUGCAGUCCCAUGACAGAUGCCUUUAGGUCUCCUUCUUGCUAUACUUUCUGGUAGUUUUCUUCUUUCUAAACAAGGAAAGUCUGGAUUUAUGUGAGUGAAGGAUUUUCCUGUUUGCUCAAAGGUGGUGGGAAUCACAUUUCUAACUUAUCUAUAAAUAAAUAUUCAUCUAAAACAUA